AUGGCUCAGAGGCGUCCACCACCACCUACAAAUGGUUAUGGCUAUUCAUUUCCCAUCGAACAUGAUCAGAAUAAUACAUAUCAAGAUCAACAACGACGACAAUACGAUUUAGUAGUGGCAUCAUCAUCUUCACCGACUACCACUAUGUAUCAACAAAAUGUAUUAGCCACUGCCACAACAUCGGGUACAUCGAAUUUGGUUGUUAAUUCGAAUGGAGUCGAAGGACAAAUAAGUCAUCAUUCAUCACCAACACAUCGAUCAUCCAAUAGUCCAGAAACUCAAAUUAAACAAAAUAAAGAUAUGAUCUACAGGCAUCCAUUAUUUCCAUUAUUGGCCUUAAUAUUUGAAAAAUGUGAAUUAGCCACAUGUACGCCGAGAGAUGGUGGUGGAUCCGGUGAUGUUUGUUCAUCAGAAUCAUUCAAUGACGAUGUUACCGAUUUUGCUAAACAGCUUCAAAAAGAACAAACGUACAUGACAACAAAUCUCGAAUUAGAUAAUUUAAUGAUUCAAGCUGUUCAAGUACUCCGAUUUCAUUUACUUGAAUUAGAAAAAGUACAUGAAUUAUGUGAUAAUUUUUGUCAUCGUUAUAUAACAUGUUUAAAAGGAAAAAUGCCAAUGGAUUUAGUUAUUGAUGAACGCGAUUCAAAUGUUUCAUCAUCAAAAUCAGAUGAUGAACAAAGUGACGAUACUAACAAUAAUAAUAAUAAUAAUACGCCAACAAGUUCACGGUCUUAUAACAGUCCACCAAAUGAAACAUCCUAUUCUAAAACAUUAAGAUCAUCGUCUCACUGUUCACAAUUAAAUGGUCUAACAUCACAUAACCAUAAUUCAUCAUCCACUGUCGCGAAUCAUCAUCAUCAUCAUCAUCAUCAUCAACAUCAUCAUAGCAACAACAAUCACAACAAUGCUCUUCAUACCAACGGGAUUACAAAUAGUGCAAAUGGCAUUGGUGGUAAUGCAAGUAGUCAUCAUUCAGUUCAUAGCGAUGAUACACAAUCAACACAUUCGUCAGAUACUCCAAAUGGUUUAACUCCGAACAACUGUCAUGUAUCACAAAGUUUAGACAAUAACAGUGAAGCUGGUGAUAAUUUUGAUAACAGUGUAUGUUCUGGAGAUGGUACAGGCGGUGAAGAUGAUCCAGAUGAUAAUAAUAAAAAACGACAAAAAAAACGUGGUAUAUUUCCCAAAGUAGCCACAAAUAUUAUGAGAGCAUGGCUAUUUCAGCAUUUAACUCAUCCAUAUCCAUCGGAAGAACAGAAGAAACAGUUAGCACAAGAUACAGGUUUAACUAUUCUACAAGUGAACAAUUGGUUUAUCAAUGCCAGAAGACGUAUUGUUCAGCCAAUGAUAGAUCAAUCAAAUCGAGCUGCAUCAAUACCAGAAUUCAGUGAUUAUCUUGGACCAUAUAGUCCAGAUGCAAUUCACUACGGAUUUGAUCGACAGUUUGCAGCCUAUCCACCUGAUUUUUAUAAUGCAGCUACUUUGGCGGCAGCCUCAAAUCCUUACACACAAAUGUCACCAUUUCGAAAUCCUGUACAUUCAAAUAUGUUAUUAAGUGGACAUUCGCAUCCAAUGAUGAUGAAACAAAUGGCUCAUUCAACACCGUAUAAUUCAUAUCCACCAUCGUCAACCCCACCAUUGAUGGAUUCACUUACAACUUCACAACAAGACAACCGUACUGUAUGA